CCGUGCGGUCCGUGCUUCGUUCGUCCGUGCCGUACCGUCCGUGCCGUCCGUGCCGUUCUUCUCCGUUUUAUGCUACAGCGUGUUCGGUCGACUUUGCUUGAAACAAAGUGACGAAUGACCGCCGCGUGCUCUCAUGCUCGGCGUGAGUUUGUAGAGCUGAGCGGCUUGAUAUGGCUUGAGCUUCUCGUGUUUCCGUCGGGCUGCCUGGACCUAGAUUUUUAAACAAAAGAUUAUGUCCUACGGAAGCUACUGCUGCGUGGUCUGGUGUGCCAACAAUGGCAAAACAAAGAAGCCACAUGUCAAGUUUUUUCGAAUUCCACGUGACCCAAGGUCAAAAGCAUGGCUACAGUACGCCAGACGUCCUGAGCUCCUAGGAAAGACAGCCAAGGAGCUCUAUGAGGGGUAUCGCCUGUGUAGUGAGCAUUUCACAGCCAAGGACUUUUUGGAUCCUGGGAAGACAAGGCUGACCAAAACGGCUAUCCCUACGGUUCGGCCGCAAAUGCUUAGGCCAUCUGUAACAGCCCAAGAAGAACCGGUGGCAACAACAUGCCCCUGUGACGUUCCAUUGGAGGGAAACAGAAUGUCGCAUCCCACAGCAGCUUAUGAAAAGCCAAUAGCGGAACCAAGCCCCGGGGAUGUUCGAUUGGAGGGCAGCAGAACGUCGCCUUCAACAGCUGCUCAUGAAGGACCGAUGGUGGCACCAAGCCCCGGGAAUGUUCCAUUGGAGGGUAGUGGAACGUCACCUUUGGCAGCUGCUCAUAAACAACCGCUGACGGCACCAAGCCCCGGUAAUGUUCCCUUGGAGGGCAGUGGAAUGUCACCUUCAACAGCUGCUCGUGAAGGGCCGAUGGCGGCACCAAGCCCAGGGAAUGUUCCAAUGGAAAGCAGCGGAACGUCACCCUUGGCAGCUGUUCAUGAAGAACCGGUGGCGACAUGUCCCUGUGACGUUCCAUUGGACGGAAGCAGAACGUCGCAUCCCACAGCAGCUUCUGAAAAGCCGAUGGCGGAACCAAGCCCCAGGGAUGUUCGAUUGGAGGGCAGUGGAACGUCAACUUUGGCAGCUGCUCAUGAACAACCGCUGGCGGCACCAAGCCCCAGUAAUGUUCCCUUGGAGGGCAGUGGAAUGUCACCUUCAACAGCUGCUCGUGAAGGGCCGAUGGCGGCACCAAGCCCAGGGAAUGUUCCAAUGGAAAGCAGCGGAACGUCACCUUUGGCAGCUGUUCAUGAAGAACCGGUGGCGACAUGUCCCUGUGACGUUCCAUUGGAGGGAAGCAGAACGUCGCAUCCCACAGCAGCUUCUGAAAAGCCGAUGGCGGAACCAAGCCCCGGGGAUGUUCGAAUGGAAGGCAGUGGAACAUCACCUUCGGCAGCUGCUCAUGAACAACCGAUGGCGACAAGCCCCUGUGGUAUUUCACUGGAGGGUACCAGCGCGUCACAUUCCAUAGCGGCCUGUGAGCAAAUGGGGAUGGCCAGCUCUCCUGGCCAGCUUUUGGACCACAGCACUCCAUCUUCGUCUGUUGGCUAUUCUGAAUCAUCUGGAACCUGCUCUGGUCGUUCAACACCUGCUUCCGCCAAGCUCUCAAGGAGGCCCAGGGACGUCAUAAAACGCCUACAAGCAAAGGUUUCCAGUUACAGAAAGACAAUAUCAAGACUGCGCAAGCAACAGAAGCAAAUGCCUCAAACAGCUGCCGAAGCACUUGAAAUGGUGCGUCCGUUUGUGACAGACGAGGUUUUCGGACUUAUCUCGUCACAUGUAAAAUUAGGGCGCAAGGGACGAGGAAAACGGUUUCCACUGUGGCUCAAGAAGUUUGCUUUGCAUCUGAACUUUCAUGGCCCACAGGCAUACCGUUUUCUAUCGUUACAUUUAACGCUUCCCACUCAGCGUUCACUGCGUAGGUGGCUGUCGAACGUAAAAAUGACUCCUGGUAUUAUACCUGGUGUCAUGUCCUCCAUCGAAUCUCAAACGCGGUCUUGGAAUGCACGUGAUCGUGUCUGCACCUUGAUUUUUGAUGAGAUUGUUUUGAAGAAGAACUUGACAUACGACCCUGCACACGACAUUAUCCAUGGAUUUACAGAUGACGGUGUUGAACGAACCUCGACCAUUGCAGAUAGAGCCCUGGUUGUUGUGCUCUCUGGAAUUUCCAGGAGGUGGGUUCAGCCCCUCGCAUACACUGUUGGGCACACUUCAACACCGUCUUCUGUUAUCCGGAGCCUCCUGAUUUCUCUCAUUCGAGAGCUUAAGACUGUUGACUUCACUGUGAAGGCCGUGGUCUGUGAUCAGGGGGCUUCAAACGUAAGCUUAGCCAACCAACUUGGUGUAUCUGCUGAUAAGCCAUUUUUUGAAGUCGACAACGAACGUGUUUACUUUAUCUUUGAUGUUCCGCACCUCAUCAAAACAACAAGAAACAAUCUCCAAGCCCACAAACUUUGCAUUGGGGAUGAGGUCAUUGAAUGGUCCCAUAUUGUUGAACUUUAUCGUUCUACUCAUGAGAUGAGGUUGCGAUUGGCUCCAAAACUUACUGAGAGGCACAUUUUUCAAAAACCUUUCAGUAACAUGAAAGUAAAGCGUGCCACACAGGUCCUGAGUGCCUCAGUCUGUCUUGCCAUUCUAUCCCUUGUUUAUGCCAAGGAGCUUCCUGAGGCAGCCAUGGCUACAGCCUAUUUUUGUGAUAGAAUGGACAGACUUUUUGAUUGUUUAAAUAGCUCGCAAUUCAAGAAGACGGGGCAGAAGUUGCGUCAUGCAAUUUUGAAAGGAGAAUCUGAGAUACUCGAUUUCCUUCACCAACAACUCGCAUGGAUUUCAACAUGGAAGUUCCAAAGUAGGAGGCAGCCACAAACCACCAUAGGGUGGCAAGUUACAAUAAGGAGUGUCCUCAUGCUCUGGGAUGAGCUUUCAAACAGCUAUGACUUUAAAUUCUUACUUACUCGACGCCUGCAGCAAGACCCACUGGAGAACAUUUUUGGGGCAAUAAGACAAAUGCUGGGCUGCAAUACAAACCCAAAUGUGAAUCAGUUCACCUCGGGACUGAAACACAUCGGGAUAAAAAAACUGUUCAGACUCUCUAACAAUGGAAAUGUAGAGGAUGAAAAGGCUGACCUCCUCAAGGAGUUGCCAAUAUUUUCGCACCAUGAAAGUUCCAUUGCAGACAAUGUGGAAUGUUUUCCAGUUGAUAACUUCCCGCCACUAGAAGAUAUUUCUGAGCUGGCAUCAGACAUCAGGUCUAAUAUAAUUGACGACUCGUGCACUUACUACGUUGGAGGCUAUUUGAUCAAACUUUUCCUUGAACAGACAACCCGCAGCUGUGGCUGUUCUAAGCUGCUAAAGGAUGAGUCUGACAACUUGACCAGGCCUCACCAGUAUUUUCUUAUGCUUAAAGCAUACCACGUGCCUGGGAAACUCUUCGGAAACCUAGUAGUACCAUCACAGGCUGCCUUUAACUUUAUUCAGAAACUAGAAAAUCACUUUCUUGCCGUAAUAGAGAGUGUAGCGCAUGUUCGAGGAGUGUGUGCUGCCUUGUAUCACACACUCUCAGAGCUGGGUGGCUUCAGCCUUUGCUCAGAGGAGUGUCACAAAAGGUUUUUAAAAAUGUUUUGCCGAAUACGCUUGUGUUGGCAUGUUCGGUUCCUUAACCGGAACUUGGACAAAGUUCGGUUACACUCUUCGGUUGCUAGUAAGCAACUUGAUAAGUUUAACUGUUAAUAGCUUAAUAGCGUAUUAACAGAGGCGGUUGCCAAA